AGGUGAUACCUCAAUACAAUCUCAGCAUAUAUUUGUUGUCAUUAUCAAGUGAAGGAGGUGGAUAUUUUAACAUGAACAAGGUAUGAACAUGAACAAGAAAAUGAAGAGCAAAAAAAUGGCAAAUGCUGGAAAUUUGAAAUAAGAACAGAAAAUGCCAGAAGUACUGGGCAGGUCAGACAGCAUCAGUGGACAACAACCAGUGUUAAGGCUUCAGGUCAUGACUUUUCAUGAGAACUUACAUUUGUUCUGACCAAAAGGUUAUCAACCUGAAACCUAAACUUUGUUUAUCUCUCCACAGGUGCUGCCUAUCCUGAGUAGUAUUUCUAGUAUUUUCUGGUUUUCUAUGAUUAAAAUAACAUUUGACAGGUUGCUUAAUGACAGGGAUAAUGACAUAUUCGCGAAAAAUGCAAAAACCAUAUACAGCUAAAAAGGGCAAUGUAAAUGUUCAGCAUGUGCACGGGUUCUUGGAUGUCAAUUAAAACCAGAUUUAUUCUGGAGAGAGCAAAUUGCGGGUGUUCAUGUUGGCUGGGCUUGAAAGCACCUCACACCACUUCACUGCAAGGGCACGUCUGCAGGAUGCUGACGAGUUUCCAUUGUGGGCUGUUUGAUUUUGCACUUGUUGCACGAACCUGAGGGUAUAUUCAGGAAACCGCCUGGUGUUAAUGCUGUAGAACAGUAUCCUUCUCAUCCGACAGUUGGGAGCAGGUUUCGCCCUCCUGUUCGUUCCCGCUAUGGCACAGAUUACUGCUGCGGUCGCUUGCUUGCACAUUCCACUUUCGCUUUUCUGAAGCACCAGCGCUUGUGUCGCUUCUGCAUUCUGACGUCAAGGAUGUUUUUUGCUCUCUUCUUUCUAGGGUUUAGUGUUAGGAGGCGAUUGUUUUCAGCUCCGACAGAGUCGGCUACCACCUCUCACUGAGCCGAUCGCCCUGUUUGCUGGAAGUCUUUGCAGCCGCUGAGCCUAUGAUCUCCUCUGCCAUGGUUGCUGCUCAUACCUCGUCCCAAUCUUCGGCAUCAGCAGAAUGGAUCGCGUGCCUGGAUAAAAGGCCUGCUGAGCGCUCUAGUGAAGAUGUUGACAUCAUAUUUACCCGGCUAAAAGAAGUGAAGGCAUUUGAGAAAUUUCAUCCCAACCUCCUAUACCAGAUCUGCAUGUGUGGGUAUUAUGAAAAUCUGGAGAAAGGUGUAACAUUGUUUCGUCAGGGAGAUAUUGGAACAUGCUGGUAUGCUGUAUUAACUGGAUCUUUGGAUGUCAAAGUUUCAGAAACAGCCAGCCUACAGGAUUCGGUCAUACUCUGUACCCUAGGAAUUGGAACAGCUUUCGGAGAAUCAAUUCUCGACAAUACUCCUCGCCAUGCUACAAUCGUCACCAAGGAGUACAGUGAGCUGCUUCGUAUUGAACAGAAAGAUUUUAAAGCACUGUGGGAGAAAUAUCGACACUAUAUGGCAGGACUCUUGGUCCCUCCCUAUGGAAUUAUGGAAAGCACAUCUGGUAAUGACAGGAUCCCUGAAAAGGAUAGCAUAAGCAGCAACCUGUUGCAUUCUGCUUCAAGGAACAAGGUUCCAUCUCAAAAAAUUCUUAGAGCUGGAAAGAUUUUACGAAACGCAAUACUGUCUCAAGCUCCUCACAUGAUAAGAGAUCGGAAAUACCACCUGAAAACUUACAAACAAUGUUGUGUUGGCACAGAGUUAGUGGACUGGAUGAUACAGCAGACUGCGUGCGUCCAUUCUCGUGCACAGGCUGUGGGCAUGUGGCAGGUGCUUCUUGAGGAAGGAGUCCUGAACCAUGCGGAUCAAGAGCACAAUUUCCAGGACAAGUACCUGUUCUAUCGUUUCCUGGAUGAUGAAAAGGAGGAUGCCCAUGCACCCACAGAUGAAGAAAAGAAAGAGUGUGAAGAGGAGCUGCAGGAAACAAUGCUUCUACUUUCACAGAUUGGACCAGAUGCUCACAUGAGAAUGAUUUUACAAAAACCGCCAAGCCAGAGGACUGUUGAUGAUUUAGAAAUCAUAUAUGAAGAGUUGUUGCAUAUCAAAGCCUUAUUACAAUUUUCUACUGCAGUGAAACGAGAACUUGCUGGUGUUUUAGUAUUUGAAUCUCAUGCAAAGCAGGGACAGUUUGUAAUGUUCAAUCAAGGAGAAGAGGGCACUUCGUGGUACAUUAUCCUCAAGGGCACAGUGAAUGUUGUUAUCUAUGGCAAGGGUGUAGUCUGCACAUUACAGGAAGGGGAUGAUUUUGGGAAAUUGGCAUUGGUGAAUGAUGCUCCAAGAGCAGCUUCCAUAGUGCUUCGUGAAGAUAAUUGUCAUUUUCUAAUGGAUAAAGAAGAUUUCAACAGAAUCCUUCGAGAUGUUGAGGCCAAUACAGUCAGACUUAAAGAACAUGGAAAAGAUGUAUUGGUUUUGGAGAAGAUCCCAAUGGGUAACAGAACUUCCAGCCAGGGAAGCACACAGGCACAACACAAAUACACUGUGAAGUCAGGCACUCCUGAAAAAAUAUUAGAACACUUUCUGGAAACUAUGCGCCUGGAUUUGCCUGCCAAUGAAACAACAGGUGUUCCUACACCAUGGUCUCUGGCUGAAAGGAAGGGUGAGGUUAUCUUAACAGAUCCUUUCAUUGAUGACUUUGUUCUGAUGUACUGCACUUUCAUGCAACACAGCCAGCUUUUCUCAGCUCUAAUGGCUCAUUACCAUGCAGAAGCAUCGCAAGGCACAGAGCAGGAAAAAAUGGACUAUGCUCUCAAUAACAAGAGACGUGUCAUCCGCCUUGUCCUGCACUGGACAAAUGUAUAUGCAGAUCUCUUGCAAGAGGAGGAAACUGCUGUAGCAUUUCUAGAAGAGUUCUAUGUGUCUGUGUCUGAUGAUUCGCGGAUGACUCCUGCUUUAAAGGAACAGCUCCUAGAACUGGAGAAACUAGUAAAGCAGAACUCUGAAGAAGGAAAUGGCAAGACUUCACAGAAAAAGCACAAAGUUAUUUUACGUCAGUUUAGUUUUGGUGAGGAUAGACUUCAAAAGAGACAGCCCAUAAGAAGUAUGAAUGAAAUUCUCUUUAAGGUUUACUGCAUUGAUCAUACUUACAUCACAAUCCGUGUCCUCGUAGCAGCUUCUGUAAGGGAUGUCAUCAAUGCUGUAACAGACAAGCUCGGAUCAGUGGAAGAUCCAAUUCUUGUGAAAGUGAGCUCAGCUGGAGAAAAAAUGGUGUUGAAUCCAAAUGAUGUUUCAGUUUUUACAACAACAAAUGUAAAUGGGCGCUUGUUUGUUUGUCCAAGGGAACAAUUUGACUCUCUGAUGCCAUUGCCGGAUCAGGAGGGUCCAUCUAUUGGAACUAUGUCAACUUUUGAGUUGAUGAGUUCUAAAGAUUUAGCCUACCAGAUGACAAUUUAUGACUGGGAGUUAUUCAAUUGUGUACAUGAGCUGGAAUUAAUUUAUCACAUAUUUGGAAGGCAUAAUUUCAAGAAAACAACAGCCAAUCUAGAUCUGUUUCUGCGACGAUUCAAUGAAAUUCAGUUCUGGGUUGCAACAGAAAUCUGCCUAUGUUCUCAGCUCAGCAAACGGGUUCAGCUGCUGAAGAAGUUUAUCAAGAUUGCAGCCCAUUGCAAAGAAUAUAGAAACUUGAACUCAUUUUUUGCUCUAAUAAUGGGAUUGGGCAAUGUAGCUGUUAGCCGCCUCACACAGACCUGGGAGAAACUUCCAAGCAAAUUCAAGAAAAUCUAUACAGAAUUUGAAAACUUGAUGGAUCCUUCUAGGAACCAUCGGGCAUACAGACUUACAGUAGCUAAACUGGAGCCACCAAUCAUUCCCUUUAUGCCUUUGCUUAUAAAAGACAUGACAUUUACCCAUGAAGGCAAUGAAACAUUAACUGGUGACCUUGUCAAUUUUGAAAAAAUGCACAUGAUUGGCAACACAGUAAGGUCAGCCAGACACUGCCGAAGCCAGCCUUUCAAUCCAGAUGCAUCACUUGCAAACAAGAAUCAUCAGGAUGUGCGUGCAUAUGUACGACAGCUUAAUGUAAUUGACAAUCAGAGGACAUUAUCACAAUUAUCUCACAGACUGGAGCCACGGCGGUCCUAAUAAGUUACUUUCCACUGUUGCACUGCCAUAAAAGAAAAUAUUUAUACUUCAGCAUAAUGGGCAUUCUGUUGUUUAUGGUAUUAAGAAUAAUUAAUAUUGAAAUGAGGCUGUAUUAUAGCUGUCUUCUCUCCAGGGGAAUCAAGACCAUUCAGAAUUGAACCUGGCUGUUACAGUUACUAUAAUUGCCUCUUCCAAAAUUGGAAUUAAUAAGGUUUUACAAAAAAAAUCCUUGGAUCUUAUUAAGAAUUUGAUGAUUGGCAAAAGGAUUAAGUUUUUUUCCAGGUUCUUAUGCUACAGUGCAUAAGGAAUAACCUACAUAUGUAUCUAAGCACAAUGAUAAAAUGGUCCUCUAAUAUUUGUUGAGAGCACAAACAUUUGAUAUUUCUGCUGAUUGUUGCUUUUAAAAUGUAUUUCUAAAUUUUUCAUUUUAAACUUGGAAAAUAGCACAAGCUGCACAAGGUAAAAUUGAUGAAGUGUUCCACCAUUUCAGGUAACUCUUUUGAAUUUCUAUAAUGUCAGUUAGACUUAAUUGUUUCAACAACAAUUUUCACUAAAGCUAAGCAUUUUCUGUUUGCUCAUAAGGCACUUCAUUUAAGAUGUUAGUUUGUCCUUGUAGCUCUCAACAGCAUGUUGCAGGAACCUGCUGUUCUUGUCAGUAGCAUACUAAUUAAGCAAAACACAGCUAAAUAAUUUUGAGCACCCCACUGACACCAGAAUUUUAUUCUACUUAAUCUUUUGUACGUUAUACUUUUUAAAAAAAAAUGAAUUUCAAGUAAUCAGAAUUUAAUUUCAAAGCUGCAAUGUCUUCAGAGUGCACUCAAUUUGCUUUCUGAAAUUUCAAUCAAUUCCUUCUCGUUCAUUUCGGGAAUUGUAUCUCCAAGCACCUGAAAAUUUUAUUAAUAAUCAUGUUGUUGUGACAGAACCACACAGCUUCAGAUUCUGUGGGAAACCCUGAGUGUUGAUUAUUUGUUUUAGAACUAUUAAGCAAGUGUAAAUAGUGAGAAAAAAGCUCUUGCUUAAUGGUAUUGUCAAUGACAGUUCUAUAAAGAAUACUGUGCCAAAAGUAUUUUUUUAUUUUAAUUUAAUGCAUGUUUAAAGGUUGGUUUGCCACCUAUUAUAUAAACACUGCAUUUUUCCUAUAUAGUUGGCUUUCAAUUCCUUGAAUUAUCUAUAAAUGUUCUUAAUUGUAUAGUAAAUGGCUCUAAUGUAAGCACGAAUAAAGUAAUCACUGCAAUGUGUUGUUCCACGUCAAAUAAAAGCUUGCCUGAUUUUUACAAAAUGUAGCUGCCAUAGCUGGAUUUCCUGUAAAUUGGUGGGUACAAAGCAGUUGUUCUGCCAUUCAUCAACAGGAAUUAAAGUGUUUAGUUCAGUUGAAUUCCAUUACCUUGUAUAUAAUGAUGCUGAUUUUCUUGCCCUUAAUUUCACCUUAAUUGGGGCAAGAGACCACGUUACCUCUUCUAUGUUAUGCAUAUUUUUGGCGGACAAAGUUGAUCAAAGAGGGGUGAGAGCUUCAUUUACAAAAAUGACCCAAUAGCAUUAUUUAAAUCUACUUAACGUCAUUGGUGCAGAUAAUGUUGGAAUCUAUGAUGAAGUAUGUAAUAACAGACACGUAGAAAAGAACAAAGGGAAUGAGCAGAGUCAGCAUGGAUUUAAGAAAGAAAAAUUAUUUUUGACUAAUCUACUGGUAUUUUUUGAGGAUAUGUACACUGGAAUGGUUAAGGGGGAACCAGUAGAUGUAUUGUACUUGUAUCUUUGAAAGUCAUUC